UUUCGGUCGGACGUGAAUUAAGGUAACAAGCGGUUGUUUACAUCGGAAUAGAGCAGGCUGUUCGGAAACGUAAUUAAUUUUGUGGCUUUGAAGCUACGACUGGAACCAACAUGUGGUCUGUAUCAAGUAUCUAACUUAUCUGUACGAUGCCCUGAUGGUUCGGGAUGUUGGUUGGUUACAGCAGCAGCUCUGAGGAGGACAGUGAACCCGGAAGUGAAGCGAGGAGUCGAAAUAGCCGAAGAUCAGUGGAGGAAGAUGAGGGAACCCGAGACCUUCCAACCAAGAAGAAAGCCAGAACCGAGGAGCUGGAUCCUAAAACGAGUCUGAUUAUUUCAGGUGAAAAUAAAACGUGCAUGUCCUGCAGACUGCCUCUGCCCGGUUGCCUCCUGAGCAUGUUCCCUGAUGACGACGAUGAAGCACUGACUGAAGACAGCUCCCUUCAUGGUGGACGCAUCCGCUCCUUCAAGCACGAGAGAGGAAAUUGGGCUACUUAUGUUUAUCUGCCUUACCUUCCUGAGGAGGAAUUUGAGGAGCUUUUACAGGAGUUGCUGUCAGCCUUGGGGGCUCAUGGUCUGAUGCUGACGCAGCAGGAGGAGUUCCACCUGAGUCUGUCUCAGACGGUGGUGCUCAGGCACCACUGGAUCCAGCCAUUUACACAAAGCCUCCAGUCGGGCCUUUCUCAAUGCGGAAGGUUUGCGUGUUCAGCAGCAACGCUGAAGGUCUACUGCAACGCUGAGAGGACAAGGACCUUCUUGGGGAUGGAAGUGUCCACCAGUCAUGCUCAGUUGUUGGAUCUGGUCCGAGUUGUCGACAAAACAAUGACCGAGUUUCAAUUGGACACUUUUUAUAAGGAACCAUCUUUCCAUGUGAGUCUGGCCUGGUGUGUGGGAGACCAGACGGAGAAGAUGAAGGAACUCUUACAGGAGCUGCAGAUUAUGGUAGAUAAUCGUGAAGAAGGGCCGUUUCUGUUGAGGUUGGACUGUGUAGAAGUUCGCUGCAGGACAGGAAACAAGACUUUUCGUUUCUCACUAAAGACCUCGUGAGUGAGCAGACUGGCAUUGAGUCUGCGACUCACAGCUGCAAAAAAAACAGAUGUUACAGACGACGGCUUACAAGCAUCAUCAGGCAGUCUAGAGCCACAGGUUGUUUUUUUUGUACCAAAGAUAAACUAAAUAAAGCUGCUACUUGUUUUGUA